AUGUAUUUAAAAAGCUAUUUUGUAAAGCAAAUGUCUUGUGACUACGCUGAAAGCCUCUCGCCUUAUGAGGAUAAGGGUAUUUUAGGAACAGCUGAAAUUUUUGAGCCUUCUGAAAUUGUUCACAAGAAAGUUGAAGAGUUGGUCGAUCUAAUGUUAGCAUCGAAGCAUACAGUUGUUCAUACUGGAGCUGGUAUCUCUACUUCUAUCGGCAUUCCCGAUUUUAGAGGACCAAAUGGCGUGUGGACUUUAGAAAAGCAGGGAAUUAAACCAAAAAUUGAUAUCGAUUUCAAAGAAGCCAUUCCUUCAAAAACUCAUAGAGCAUUGAAACUUCUUGUUGAACGUGGAUAUAUUCAGUUCAUUAUCAGUCAAAAUAUUGACGGUUUACACAUGAGAUCUGGUGUUAAAAGAGAUAGUUUGGCAGAACUUCAUGGGAAUUUUUUCGUAAGUGAAUGUCCUAAGUGCAAGAAAAGAUUUGUCAGAUCAACACCAAGUCCGACAGUGGGACAAAAACCUAUUGGGGACACAUGUCCAAAUCAAAUACGCAGUUGCCGUGGUAAAGUUAUUGACACAAUACUAGAUUGGGAGGGCGACCUUCCCAUUGAUGACCUUCAUUUAAGCGUUAUGCAUUCAACAAUCGCAGAUUUGAAUAUUGGACUCGGUUCCAGUUUUCAAAUUAUGCCAAGUGGUCGUUUGCCCUUGCGAAACUCAAAGUUUGGGGGUAAAUUUGCUCUUGUAAAUUUGCAACCAAUAAAAUUAGAAUCUAAAGCCGAUCUCAUCAUUCACACAUAUGUUGAUGAUGUUCUUGAACGAGUACUUAAGCGACUAGGGAUUGAAGAGAUUCCAGAAUAUGACGUUUCCAUUGAUCCCACAAAGAAUCAAAACUGUGAAAGCUGGGAUUUCCAUCCACUUGUAAUGAAAGAGGUGGACAAAAUCUAUAAAGCCCGAACAAGCAAGAAACAAAAAUGUUUAAAAUCCGAAAAAUCACAUCCAGAUAAUCAUGAAAACAGCCUGAUGAUGUCUUCACAUCAUGGAUCAAAUGGAUUACGAACGAACGGCAUAUUCAAUGGAGAUAUCGACUCUAAUGACUCCAAUAAUAAUUACAAUAAGCAUCAUAAUCAUCAUAAAAGAUCAGCUGUAUGUAGUGGAGUUAGCGUAGGAGAAGGUAGCAGUUCAAAACGUACAAAAAUGAGUGUGCCAACUGAUAAAAUUACAAAAAUUGACACAGCGAAUGAUGGUAAAACACAAAAUCAUUAUAAUAUUAUGGACAAGCUGAAGGAACUCUAUAAAGAAUUAAAAAACGACAAAAGUUGUAAAGAACUUAAUCUUUCUCCUUCGUCAUUUCUACUUGAUAAACUGGUCACGCGUGAACGCCUUCACACAUUAAUAAUCAAUUUAUAUCCAGGAAAUAAAGGAUAUUCUCUCGCUUAUCGACCAGCAACCUCUACACCAACGACUUCUAAUAAUCAAAGAAAUCAUCAACAUUAUUAUCAUCCUAAUCAUAAUCCACCUGUAAAAGAGCGAACUGCUUUUGAGUCGCAAUUAAUACUUGCAACGGCUCCUCCAAUUUGUCUGGAUCCUUCGCCAUCGAUAGGGAUUGCUGCAAUAAAUGCGACAAGAGAACGAGCACCUCUAGCAAUAGAAGGUGUUAGACAAACUGCUAAACGUUUCCUCCAAGUAACUAAAAAUAGGAAUAAUAAAUUAGAGAAAAAGACGCAUUAUCAUCAGACUGCACUUGCUUCACAUCUCGCUAUUGAAAGACGUGGCUUGAAACGUGAAACAGCAAAACAUAUUUACGUACCGGAACUUAAGGAACCUCAUCAUCUUGAUGGUGUUGAAACUGUUAUGUUAAGAAGCCUUCCGGCUAUUCCGCCUUCACGAGGUUUGGACUGGCAACCGAAAAAUACUGAACGACUAACGUUUGAAACGGAUCGUGAUAACUGUCAAUAUCGUGUUCGUGUAGAAUUAUUUGAAAGAGCAACAAGUUGUGAAGUAACAGGACAAUUGACAUUAGAGAGACAGAAAGUCGGACAAUCAAGUGGUCGAAUGUGUCCUUUCAAACUAUCAUCACCGCUUGCUGCUCGAAGAUAUGUUAAAGAAUUUAUGGGCAUUUUCACUGAAGAAGGAAGAAAGUUUGUUAAAAUUACCCACGAGAGAGAAACAAGAGCAGGAAGGGAGGUGAUGGAAAUGCAAACUGGUGAAAAAGCUCAAACAGCAACAAAAGUUCAAACUCUUCCAUCAGGAAUCCAAACUCUUCCUUCGCCGCCUCCUGCUCUCGUAGCAACUGCCCCACUGAAAUUAACAGCCCCACAAAGGAUUAUUUCAACGACACGACCUUCUCCAACUCAACAGGUUGUUGUUCUGGCUCAAGUAAAACAAGAAUCUUCAGGAAAUCAAGUGAUAAAGAAUCUCCUUAAUCAGCCGAGAGCACCGAUGACACAAACUAUGGUGAAUGGAAAUCCUGAAGGCCUUCAAACUGUCUACUUACAAGUCGACCAAUCAAACUUAAUUCAUAUGGGUAGCACUAUGCCCGCUAAUCUUCAGUUUCAACAACUAAUUGCAACUCCCGUGACACAAGCAUCAACAUAUACUAUGAAUGUACCGGUACAAGGUGCAACACCACAGCAAGUCACUGUUGUAAAACGUCAACGUGAUAUACUUAAGAAACGAGACAUAAUAGGAGUUUUCUCUGAUGAGUUUUUGUCCUUGAGUUCUGUAUGAAUAAAUAUGUAUAUAGGAAAAAAGAUGUUUUCAUUUGCUUUUUAGUUAUAAAAAAAUGAUGUUUGUCUUUCAUAAAUUCUCCAUCUUUUG